AUGAUUCAAGAUCCCCUUGUAUAUUUAGACAUCUCCAUUGAUAAAAAACCAAUUGGUCGUAUUGUCUGCAAACUUUUUCGUGAGAAGGCUCCUAAAACAACAGAGAAUUUUUAUAAGUUAUGCGCUGGUGAUGUUAAGAGUCCUUUGAAGGAUCAACAGUACCUGAGCUAUAAGGGAAAUGGUUUUCAUAGAGUCGUUAAGAAUUUUAUGAUCCAGGCAGGUGACAUUGUCUUUGGGACACAAAAGGAUUCCUCUUCAUCGUCUGUUGGAAAAGGUGGAUGUUCAAUUUACGCUGAUAAAGAGGAAGUGAAAACCGAUGAUGAAUCUUUCUGUUACGGGAAUUUUGAAGACGAAAACUUGGGAGAGUUUGUAGAACCCUUUACCUUAGGUAUGGCCAAUUUAGGUUCUCCAAAUACGAACAAUUCCCAGUUUUUCAUAACUACAUACGCCGCACCUCAUUUGAACGGCAAGCAUUCUAUUUUUGGGCAGGUGGUUCAUGGAAAAUCAGUGGUUCGCACUAUAGAAAACUGCAGGGUAGAUUCUGAUGGAGUCCCUGAAUCAGACGUUAGAAUCAGCGACUGUGGAGUGUGGGAAAAAACUAUGGGUGUCCCGCUUUACAACGCUUCUAAUGACCAAAUUGGCGGUGACGUAUACGAAGAAUAUCCAGACGAUGAUACACAUUUCGGUGACGAUGAUUUUGGUAAGGCUCUUGAGGCUGCUAAUAUAAUCAAAGAAUCUGGGACGCUCUUAUUUAAGAAAAAGGAUUACUCUAAUGCCUUUUUCAAAUACAGAAAAUCUUUAAAUUAUAUCAAUGAAUACAUGCCUGAACCCGACGUAGACAAAGAAAGAAACAUCCAAUUUAUUAACCUAAAGAUGAAAAUUUACCUAAAUUUAUCUUUGGUGCUCUUUAAUCUGGAAAGAUACGAUGAUGCUAUCAUGUAUGCUACGUAUUUAUUGGAGAUGGAUAACGUUCCUAACAGAGAUCAAGCAAAGGCUUAUUAUAGAAGAGGUAACAGUUACUUAAAAAAAAAGAGACUAGACGAAGCUUUACAAGAUUAUAUUUUUUGUAAAGAGAAAAAUCCCGAUGACGAAGUUAUAGAACAAAGAAUAGAAUAUGUCAAUAGGCUCAUAGAAGAGAAUAAGGAAAAGACAAGAAAGAAUAUAUCAAAGUUUUUCUCCUAA